AUGCAGGCCAACAGCGCCGCUCGACAUCUGGCAGCUCGGGUAGCAACGGCCACAGCAACGGUAACUGUAACGGUAACAGUAGCGGUUUUAUCAACGGUCAUGGCCAUGGGGCAGGAGGCCUCGUUGGUGGUGAACGGAAUGAUGGCGCUGGCGAUGUCAGGCGGCGACGGCGCCGUCGGGAACAACGGUGGCGGCGCCUCCGCCGUCAGCGUCUCCUGGGACCCCUUUUUGAUUAGCCCGCGGCCUAGGAUGCACAUCAGCGGCGUCAGCAACUUGUCGUACAAACCGCCGUCGAGCGUGACGGCGGAGCCGGCGGCGGCAGUACUGCAGCGGAGGCGUGCGGCCUUCACGGCAUCUCGCUGUUGCGGCUCCCCCGUCAGCGCCGCCGCCACGGGAUCGUCCGCCAGCAUCGGCGCGUUCCUAUUCGGCAGCGGCGGCGGCGGCGGCGUUCCGCUAAGGUCGCCCUGGGGCUCUCCGACGGAGCCGAGCUCUCACGGCCCCUUGGUGCAGCUCCUCACCAUCGGACUUGGUACGGCUAUUGACGGCGACGGCGCCGCCAAGGGCCUCGAUGGGUCCGGCGGGGGGAACGGGGGGGGCAAAGGGGCCGCACCCAUUGCCGGCGGCGGCGGCGGCGGCGGCCGUACCAGCGUCUUGGCCAAAUCGGACUCGGACUUGGGACAGAAUUGCUCCGGCGUUGGUGGCGGCGAGGAUGGUGACGGCGGCGGCGGCGACGCUGCCGCCGCUGCUGCAAUGCCGGCGGUGUCGGCGGUUAACAAGGCGCCGGGGGCCGACACGCCGCCCAGAGUCGCUGUACGGCCAUCGAUGUUGCCAAGCGCACCGUCGACGCCGCUGGCCGGCACUUCAUCGUUGUUUAAGCCAAUGGCCAGUACGGGCACGCCGAGUGUUAACGCUGGUGCUGCCGCCGCUGCCGCCGCCGCCGCCACUGCCGCAAGCGGGGACGGCGGCGGCGGCGGUGAUGCUGGGCUGACGGAGGCGCAGACUCGCUCGCGGCGGCGCACCAGCGCUCGCAGCGCUCUGCCGUCGCUCGACGGCGAGCCUGCUACGUCGCAAGGGGGGCCGUACUUGAUGGGCGAUACGUCCAAGAUGCUGCAGGUGGGUAUCUCCGUGGCCGCCCUGAUGGAGGUGGUGAAGGCGCUGCCCGCCACCGCGCGGUUCGCCACAACCGCGGAGGUGUUCGACAGCUGGCUGAUGCCGCCUACACGGGGCUCACAGUUUUUAGAUUUGGUGAUGGCUCGAGUGAAGAUUGUAUUGGGGGAGCCCCCGGAGGCCUCUCCCGCCCCCUCGACACCGGGAGCACGUGCGUCGUACAACGGCUUGCCCGUACUGCACCCGGACCGUACGUGGUUUGGACCACCCGACCAUUACGUCAUCCACUCUUGGUCGGGAAAUUUCAUGUCGUUGGUUUCGGCGCUUCGGGAAUAUUGUGGUGUUAUUAAUAAGACCCCCUCCUCUACAUACGUGUGGCUAGACGUCGUGGCCGCUAACCACCACCCAGGCAGGAAAGACAAGAAGGAACUGCCGCACUGCAAUUUCCCCUAUCCCCUGCCGUACUCCAAUCUGCCGUACUGCUCUCCUCCCCGUAUAAUUUCCCCCUCAAGGCAAAUCAUGGCCACGGCACGUAAGGCCCUUUUGGUUCUGGACCCCAUGGCCAACUCUCUCACACGCCUGUGGUGUCUGUACGAGAUUUGGUUGGCGGUUUGUGCGCUUCCUGGAGCAAGCCCGGCAAAGCUGACGAUGCUGAACGCGGGAACCGACUGGGACGCCUUUGCGGACUCGUUCUUCAGGUUGUACGGCAGAGUAAUCGACCUGUCACGUUGCGCCGCCUCGUUACCCGAAGACCGAGCCAAACUCCUAGAGGACAUGAUUCGUACAUCCCACGAUGCGGCUGGAUCUGGAAACGGAUCGCAGCACGCAAGUGGUACGACAAUCUCGCCGUACGGCGUCGUGGCGGCGCUGCCGCAGCUGAGUGCGGCGGUUCGCGGCGCAUUGUUCGACGCCUCCGCCGGGGAUGUUGCGGAGGCUCGGAAGGGGGCGAGGGCGGGGGGUAUUGGCGUGUUGGCGUUACUGGAUGCCGUGGAACGGUACGCCAUGAUCCGGCGCCUGGCGGGCGGACAUGUGGAAGCGGAGGAGCAGCUUGAGGCGGCGGUGGCGGUGGCCAUGGGUGUGUCGGGGGCGGGGCCCCGAAACACGGGUUCUAUACGGCCGUCUUCGCCGCCCAAGCGCACCGUCAGCGGCAGUGGCGCUACCGCCGCCGCCAAUGCAUCCGCCGCCGCCGCUAACUCCAAUGCUGAGGUCACCGUGAGCGGUGCCGUCGGCAUCGGCGCCGGCGGCGUCGGCAGCACGGCAGCAACAAAGAUAGAACCGGCAGCGGCGCCGGCGCCGGCGUGGGCUGACAGCGGCGGCGCGGACGGCGGCGCGGAACCACGGCCGCCGCCGCCGCCGUUGGUGACGCUGCCGCCAAUCUUUCCCUCGUACCACACUAGCAGUACUGUCACGGCCACAGGCGGCGGCACCGCCGCCACCGCCGCUGCCGCUGGCGGCAGCUCCGCGUAUCACAACUCGAGCACGGCCGAGCACGGGCGUCUCAUCCAGGCCUCCACGCAUGCGGCCAUGGCGCUGUCGUGCAUUCCGGGCCUUACUUUGGUGCGGCCGCCGGUGAAUGCACAGGACAAAAGCACCGACGGCGACGGCGAUCCGUACGACCACAGCGGCCGCGACGGCAGCCGUCACGACUACCUAAGCAACCAUGGCGGGCUCGGCGGCGGCGGCGGCGGCGGCAGUCACAAUUAUCAUCACAGUUUUCACCAUAGUCACAGUACGGUUGGCGGCGGCGCUGCCGGCGGCGGUGGCGGCGGCGGCGGCGGCCGGCAACGUUCGGUCAGCCCCCCGGGAGUCCAUACCUUCCCGUCGAUGCGCACCCGGCACGGGGCGUACGACAACGGUGGCGGAGGCGGAGGCGGCGGAGGCAAUGGUGGUGAUCAUGACCGGAAGAGUGGCGGCGGGCAGGUCCGCGGCGGCGGCGGGGGUGGCGGUGGCGGCACCAGCAACGGCGGCGUUGGUGGUGGUGGUAUGGCAUCAUCAUCGCCGUCGUCGUCGCCGCCGCCAGCGCCUGGUGAAAUCGCGUGGAAGGGCAGUUACUGGGAGCUCACAUCGCCUCAGAAUAUUCCCGCAGACGGGGCAAGAGCUAUUUUCAUGGCCUCUCUUGUGGAGGCAACUUGUGGCAGGCAUGAAGCAGCGGCGCAGCUGGCACUACAAGCAGGACUAGCGCGAGCUGCAACCCUAGGUCCAGGCCACCCGUCCACCCUAGCUACUAAGCGGGCUGCCGUACCUCAACUACUUCAGUUGGGUCGCCUGACGGAAGCUCAGAUCCUAGCCAAGAGUUUGCUGAGGCUGGCGGUCUCGGAGCAUGGGGACCUACACCCCUCGGUUGGAUUAUGUCAUGGCGCCGUCGCGAUGGUUCUCGCCGCCCAGAAUAAGGCCGAGCUGGCGUACUCUUCCGCCCAGCGGGGCGCUGAGGUGCUGGCGGCGUGUCUAGGGAGGGGCCACCCCGCCACUUUGGAGGCGUUACAACUCUGCGCGGACAUGCUAGAGAGCGCACGGGAGUACGGCAAGGCGGUGGCGCUAAUGCGGCUGGUGGUCCAGGGGCGCUCAGUCCCGGGAGCCAUCCGCACUUCUCCCGCCUCACCCGCGUUUCUAGCGCCGAACAAUAGAUUAUUGCAUCUAAGGACCAUCGCUGCACUAGAGGAAAAAGCCAUGUCAGAAGAACACUCCAGGCGCGCCAUGAUUGGUGUGAUGCGGAGCCUGUCCCGGCUGGAGACGGAGCUGCGAGCCGCCCUCAUGGCCAUGACGGGAGCAGCUGCUCAAACACAGAUGCAGAUCCAGCGCGAUUUGGAGUUGGUGUUGAUGGCUCAAAACAAGCGCUACGAGGCAGCCAUGUUGCGGAAAGGGGAGUUGCGACCCGCUUGAGCAGGUUCUGGAGCUGGUUUUGGAGCUGGCGGGUAGGGGAGCAGAGAUCUUGUUUCGGAGCCGGCGAAUAUGGAAGAAGAGCGCCGGUUUUGGAGCUGGCGGGUAGGGGAGCAGAGAUCUUGUUUCGGAGCCGGCGAAUAUGGAAGAAGAGCGCCGGUUUUGGAGCUGGCGGGUAGGGGAGCAGAGAUCUUGUUUCGGAGGCCGUAUUCGUACUGCCUCCUAAAUAGUGAGAAUC